GCAGGUGUUUUUUGGUGUGUCCUUUUUUUAAUCAUUAACGAGAGACGGAUUAAAACUCGAGGGGGGUGGGGAAACCGAAAACAAAUUUCCGGUAAAUGUCGCGCGUGUGAAGAGCCCCGUGUGACAGGAAACCCCCGAGUGUGAGUGAGUGAGUGUCAGUCGUUGCUGACGAGGCGAUGGUGGAGAAUGACCACUAUGAAGUCAGCGGCGAGGACCUGGCGCAUGCGGCGCAAUUGUUCGACCAGUUUUGGAGUGCUCAGACGCAGAAAACGGUGCUCGGCUACUUUCGACAGAUGUGCGAGAAGCUCCGCUUGCGGCCCACCAACUUCCCGCAGUUCUUUCCGAGACUCAAGAGCAAAUUAAAGUCAUGGAAGGCUCAGAGCUUGUGGACGAAGAUCGAGAAGCGGGCGAGUCACCGUUGCUACGCCAAGGGCAAGGCGUGCAUCAACACCCGGGUGCUGAUCAUCGGCGGCGGGCCUUGUGGAUUGCGGACUGCGAUUGAAGCGCAGCUGUGCGGUGCAAAGGUGGUCGUGAUCGAGAAGCGCGACCGGUUCUCGCGCAACAACGUCCUCCACCUCUGGCCCUUCGUCAUCCACGACCUCAAGGCCCUGGGUGCCAAGAAAUUCUAUGGAAAGUUUUGUGCCGGAUCCAUCGACCAUAUCAGUGAGUAA